UCUAUGAUUUCCCGCCACCUCCCCAGGGUAGAGGGCUCGCUUGGGGCAAUGAGGGCAGGCCUCCCACAUCACUGAGGCUCUGGGCAGCUCUUGUCACCAAAACCAAACCCUUCGUUUGGCUCGGGAGCGUGCUAUGCCUCUUCAUCAGGUGCAUGACCGUGAUGCAAAACUUCUGCGUAGGUGGUUCCUGCGGUCGGCUGCAGCAUGCACAGCUCACCCCCGCGACUUUGGGUGGAUGGGGGCAUGUCAGCAGGACUUUGGGGCAGGGCAGCAAGGAACCCAACAGGCCUGGUGUGUACAAUGAACGCUUUUCCUUUGGCGUGAAAAGCAAAAAGGAAAGGAAGGUCGCUGAACCCUGGUGUUCCUGCCAUUAUAAAUCCUAAGAACGUUAGGUUGCCACAGCAGAUGAAAGGGAGAAUUUCUGUAAUCGCAGGUGAAAUGACUGAGUUAAGCUGUUGGGCAUCAUAUAUUGACUUACUCAGACCUUUAUUAGGUAUCACAACUAUUACAAUAAACUUGUCAGAUGAGUAUGGACAAGGGCAAAGGGACCAGUAGGUAUGUUUUGGUACACUUCUGUUGGCUUUAUUACACUUGAUUUAUUGAUACAUUUGUUUUAACCCACAGAUGGAUAGAAAACUUUUUUUCCCCCCCCAUUGACAAAUAGUAAGUGCAUUUCCUUCCUUACAGCUAAAGGCAGCACAUUUUUCACCCUUUUCUCACCAUGUUUCUGUCUGUCCACUCAGCAUACUGGAAAUGCUUUUCUUGAGGUUUGAGGAAAGGGAAAGCCCUAGUUUCUCUGCCUCAUCUGAGCUCUCACAGAAUCACAGAAUGUUAAGAGUUAGAAGGGACCUCGGGAGAUCACCCAGUCCAACCCUCCUGCUAAAGCAGGUUCACCCAGAGCAUGUUACACAGGAUAAGCUCCGUGGCAUUACAUCCAAGGACUUUGACAUCUCAUCACUUCUCAUCCGCUGUCGAGAAGCCAACGCUUGGCUCCCAGUCAUCUCAGAAUGCUGUCCUUGACUGCACGAGUAAGAGCACUUGACUGCUUGCCUGCUGCCUGUCAUUCCUGGGAUGAAUUCUUCCUAGGAUGGACGCUUGACAUUUUCUCCAGGAAAUCAGACAGUGGAUUUGCCUUUCAUAAAUUUUAUGAAAAGAUACGGCACUGUCUUCCUCAAUGCCUACACCAAUUCUCCAAUUUGUUGUCCUUCCCGUGCAGCUAUGUGGAGUGGUCUUUUCACUCAUUUAACAGAAUCUUGGAAUAACUUCAAAGGUCUAGAUCCAGAUUAUGUAACGUGGAUGGAUCUCAUGGAGAAGCACGGCUACCACACACAGAAGUAUGGGAAAUUGGACUAUACCUCUGGGCAUCAUUCAGUAAGUAACCGUGUGGAAGCCUGGACUAGGGAUGUUGACUUCCUGCUCCGGCAAGAAGGCAGACCCAUGGUAAAUCUUACUGGUGAUAGGAAGCAUGUGAGAGUGAUGGAAGCAGAUUGGCGUAAUACUGAUAAAGCAGUAAACUGGAUAAAGGAAGAAGCCAUUAACCUUACUCAACCAUUUGUUCUCUACUUGGGAUUAAAUUUACCACACCCAUAUCCAUCACCUUCUGCUGGAGAAAAUUUUGGAUCCUCUACAUUUUUAACAUCUCCCUAUUGGCUUGAAAAGGUAACUUACGAAGCUAUUAAAAUACCCAAGUGGUCUUCUCUUUCAGAGAUGCAUCCUGUAGACUAUUACUCAUCUUACACCAAGAAUUGCACAGGAGAUUUUACAAAGCAAGAAGUGAGAAAUAUUAGAGCAUUUUAUUAUGCUAUGUGUGCGGAGACAGAUGCCAUGCUGGGUGAGAUUAUUUCAGCCCUGAGAGACACUGGGCUUCUUAAAAAAACAAUCGUUAUAUUCACAGCAGAUCAUGGAGAACUUGCUAUGGAACACCGGCAGUUCUAUAAAAUGAGCAUGUAUGAAGGAAGUUCCCAUGUUCCUCUCUUAGUUAUGGGGCCAGGCGUACAAGAACAGCAGCAAGUACCAGAUGUGGUAUCUCUCGUGGAUAUAUAUCCUACUAUGCUUGAACUGUAUAUAGCAAGAAUUCCUGUCCCACAGAACCUCAGUGGGUAUUCUCUUACACCGCUGCUGCGUGGAAAGGCUGAAAAUGAAUUGCCUCGGCCCUCGUGGGUGUUGAGUGAGUUCCACGGGUGCAACGUGAAUUCUUCCACGUACAUGCUUCGAACUGGCAAAUGGAAAUAUAUCGCGUACUCAGAUGGCCGUUCGGUACUUCCACAACUGUUCGACCUAACUGCUGAUCCAGAUGAGCUAACGAACGUGGCCAUAAAAUUCCCAAUAAUUGUACGUUCCUUGGACAAAAUACUCCGCUCUGUGGUAAACUACCCAAAGGUUUCUUCCCAUGUUCAGGACUACAACAAAAGACAGUUUAUCAGUUGGAAACAAAGUUUGGGUCAGAAUUACUCAAAUGUCAUUGCCAACCUUAGGUGGCAUCAAGACUGGUUAAAGGAACCAAAAAAAUAUGAGAAUGCAAUUGACAAGUGGCUUAGUCAAUACUACUACUGGAACAUGUGUGCAAGUGAAGAGGAAUCUGGUCUGCUCACUGUCAGAAAUUAAAAAAAAAGACACAAACCAAACCCCUCUGACCAGACCUGUGAGUAGAGCAGUUCUCUGAAAAGUUGGCAGUGUGAUUCACAUAGCGUAAGAUGAAAACUGCUUGAGUAAAUCUCCGUUACGCAGUUGGAUUCUCCGGGUAAAUGUUUUAAUGUGCAUCAGCGAGUGGAGAACUGGGACCUGCAGCGUACGCAGAGGAGAUGCAAUUGAAGCUUGCAGGAAAGGUUAACAUAAAAAUACUAUUUUGCAUUUUUCCAGAGAUGUGAUAAAAAACCAAAGCAGUUUUUGGAAGGAGGUAAGGUUUGGCUAGUAACUCUUCUGCUUACAGAAAAACAUAAUCGUAGUGGCACUGAGCUUGCUUACUCUUGAUCACAGUUGUUGCCGCUAUAGUAACAAUUCAGGAUCACAGAAUCCCAGAAUCCCAGCCUGGCGGGGGCUGGCAGGGCCCCCCAGAGC